AUGGGGGACGAGACCCGGAUCGUGGGUGGCCAGAGGUGCCAGAAGAAGCGUCACCCCUACCAGGUUGUCCUCUUGGGCCCCCAGAAGAACAUCCACUGUGGUGGGGUCCUCAUCGGGAGCUCCUGGGUGCUGACGGCCGCCCAUUGCGACACUAAGAGCUCCAUCCCCAUCCGUAUGGGCGACCACAGCUUGAAGACCAAGGAAGGGACAGAGCAAUGUAUCUCCUCGGCCAAGGCCUUCAUCCACCCCAACUACAACCCCACCAGCCACGACAGUGACCUCAUGCUGCUGAAGCUCCAGAAGCCCGCCCGCUUCACUGAGCACGUCCACCCGGUGGCCUUGCCCAAGAGGUGUCCACCCCCCAACACUGAGUGUGUGGUGUCAGGCUGGGGCAGCACCAGCAGCCCCGAAGGCUACUUCCCUGAUGUCCUCCAGUGUGGUGUGGUCUACACCAUGGCCAACGAGGAGUGCAGCAGGCUCUACCCCAAGGGCAUCACCAAGAACAUGCUGUGUGCUGGUGUCAGCACAGGGGGCACCGACUCCUGCCAGGGCGACUCGGGAGGUCCCCUCGUGUGCCGGGACGAGCUCCAGGGCAUCGUGUCCUGGGGGAUGCAGGUCUGUGGCCAACAGGGCAAACCUGGGGUCUACACCCGUGUGUGUGAGUUCACCCCCUGGAUCCAGGACACCAUGAGGAGGAACAGCCACAUCUGA